AGUUCUCUCAUCAGCGAAAAGUAGGCUGGCAGAGAUCGAAAAUCAUUUAAACGGUCCAAACCUUCACAGUUCUGAGUCUUCUGACCUCUCUUUCCAACCCACUCAGUGUCGCCGUCGCCGAUCAGCUAUAGCUUCUCCGGCGAGGUCCAAGAGGUAUUCAAGACACAGAUAAUAUAUGGCAUCUUUCCGAGCGUUCUUGAACAGUCCUGUUGGUCCAAAGACAACUCAUUUUUGGGGGCCUGUUGCAAACUGGGGAUUUGUUAUUGCUGGUCUGGUGGACAUGCAGAAACCGCCAGAAAUGAUUUCUGGCAACAUGACAGGAGUAAUGUGCGUUUACUCGGGGUUGUUCAUGAGGUUUGCAUGGAUGGUACAGCCUCGUAACUAUCUACUUCUGGCAUGCCAUGCUUCAAAUGAGACUGUGCAGCUCUGUCAACUCUCGCGUUGGGCAAGGGCUCAGGGCUACUUGUCAGAGAAGAAAGAAGAAGCCUCACCGCAGUAACUUAUUAUGACGUCUUUCUUUCUCUAUUCAUGGUUUUGGUUUGAAUUUGUGAAGAAAUUGCUGCACUUUUCUGUACAAGACUCAAGACUUCUGUGAAAUGUAUAUUUGAUUCUGGUGCAACUGUUAGCACAAACUACAUGGAGUGCUUUUAAGUACAUCUUGCAUCUUUGGGGCCUGUUAGUAGGUUAGGUAUUUCCAACCUGCGAACCUAUAUAAGUAUAUCUUGCAUUUAUUUUCGGUCUU